AAUCUUCUCACAUGCACCAUGAACAUCUCUCAUUUUCCAUCCUUGCUGCUCCCAGGAUCCCUGCAGGGUCAAAACAGGAGUAAGUCAAAGGGCAUCCUGUAUAACUUCUCUGACCACUGCCAGGAUUCUCUAGACCUGAUGGUCUUUAUUGUCACCUCCUAUAGCAUCGAGACUAUUGUGGGGGUCCUGGGCAAUCUCUGCCUUAUAUGUGUGACCAUUAGGCAGAAGGAGAAGGCCAAUGUGACCAACCUGCUCAUCGCCAACCUUGCCUUCUCCGACUUCCUCAUGUGCCUCAUCUGCCAGCCGCUCACGGCCAUCUAUACCAUCAUGGACUACUGGGUCUUUGGCGAGGCCCUUUGCAAGAUGUCAGCCUUCAUCCAAUGUAUGUCAGUGACAGUCUCCAUCCUCUCGCUUGUCCUUGUGGCCCUAGAGAGGCAUCAGCUCAUCAUCAACCCAACAGGCUGGAAGCCCAGUGUCUCUCAGGCCUACCUGGGGAUUGUGGUCAUCUGGCUCACUGCCUGCUUCCUCUCCCUGCCUUUCCUGGCCAACAGCGUCCUGGAGGAUGUUUUUCACAAGAACCAUUCCAAGGCUCUGGAAUUUCUGGCAGAUAAGGUGGUCUGUACUGAGUCCUGGCCACUGUACCACCACCGCAUCAUCUAUACCACCUUCCUGCUGCUCUUCCAGUACUGCAUCCCACUGGCCUUCAUCCUGGUCUGCUAUGUGCGCAUCUACCAGCGCCUAAGGAAGCAGAGAAGGGUGUUCCGCAAGGGCUCCUAUAGCUCGCAGGCUUGGCAGAUAAAGCGGAUCAACGGGAUCCUUGUUGCAAUGGUGGCUGCCUUUGCCCUGCUCUGGCUGCCCCUGCAUGUGUUCAACAGUCUGGAAGACUGGUACCAUGAGGCCAUUCCCAUUUGUCAUGGCAACCUCAUCUUCUUGGUGUGCCACCUGCUCGCCAUGGCCUCCACCUGUGUCAACCCUUUCAUCUAUGGCUUUCUCAACACCAACUUCAAGAAGGAGGUCAAGGCCCUGGUGCUGACUUGUCAGCAGAGCACCCCUGUGGAGGAGUUUGAGCAUCUGCCCCUGUCCACAGUACACACAGAAGUCUCCAAAGGGUCUCUGAGGCUCAGUGGCAGGUCCAACCCCAUUUAGCCAGGUCCAGAGCUUCUCCCUGCCAUGUUCAUUGUCAGGCUUCUUCACUUAGCUAAGUGGGCAUGCUGUAAGCUGAGGGUGGUACUCCAUCAAUCCUGGCUUUCUGGGCCCAGGUAGGUUGGUAAGAGUCCAGUUUUGCAUCUAUUUGCCUGUGAAGCCUGACAUUCAGGUGGUUCAGCUGUUUGUUCAUGGGGGACUUCUGAGUCUAGAUUCUUUAGGUCACAGCAUGCCUUACAGCUUGAGCAGAUGCC